AUGUCGCACUCAUUCACCACCAUCACCAACAGAGCCCACGAGCUGAUCGCGAGAUCGCCCAUCCUCUCCAACCUGCACCAACGCAGCUAUAAUCGCUCUCAUCUUCUCAAGAUUGCUCUCGAAGCAACGAUCCUUGCUUUGCUCAUCCCGGCCGCCUACCGCGACUAUCAAGCGUAUCUGGCGCUCGGGCCUGGGGGCCCGCCAUAUAAUGUCGUCGGGUGGCUGUGUGUAAAAUUAUUCUUCAACCCGCUGAGGCGGGAGAUGUUCGGCACCAGAAUCUACGACCAGAAGAUCGCAGGCGGCGAUGAUAGCGGGUUCCUGGCGGAGCAGGAGCUGCCGCCGCGCAAAGGAGAGCGACCGGCGAUGGCGGAAUUCGCCGUGCCCCAGAGGCAGAUCAAUCAGGUGCCCGGCAGAGCAAUUCAAGAGAAAUUGAUGGCUGAAUACGCCGCGUUCCUGGAUCGCAAUGCCCACCUCGUCGAUCGGGUACCCUCAAUCCUCGAGAGAUAUACCGAUGCCGCGCAUGUAUGCGGCCGUAUCCAGCUCACGCCGAUUGCGCGAGAAAUGAGGCGAGAGAUCUGUCAUGUCCACGGGACAAGCGAUCACUCGGUGCAUGUUACUCUGUCUCCAGCUGACUGUAAACGAGUCAUCGACGCUGGCUGGGGCCAGAGAUUCCCGCUCGCCGGCUCAAGCAUCCUCAGGAAUGUCACCUUCGGGAGGCUGGGAAUCCUGCCUACCGAGUAUUUGUUCAUUUAUGCGCCCAGAAACGAAAAGGAGAUCGAGGUGGUGUUGAGGAUUAUUAAGGCGAGUGUGCAGUAUGUGACGGGAGCCCGCGAUGUGCGGUAGUUUUGUAUUGGCAGUAAAAAGAAAGAGGCACUGUUUGCCGUCUCUCGACUCAGUGUACAAGUAGAGCGAACGGACAUCUUCCCUCAUCCGAAUAUAGCCG